UACUACACCGCCUUACGCACCGAACCGUUGCUCAUUCUGGCAGCGUUACAGCAAUACACCUCCACGGAUCAGCAGCAGCAGCAGCAGCAGCAACAGCAGCCACAAGAUUCGGCCACCGUUUGUAACGGGUCGGCGGUCGAUAACGGGCGGGCACUCUACAGCGAACAGCACCACCAGCAACACCCACCGGGCAAGUCACCCAACACCCUACUGCUACACUGUUGCUGCGUGAUCGUACAAAUUACUCCCGUAGCGCCCGGCCGCAGCCACGUGACAACGACGGCGUCGGCCAAAAAGCCCACCAUAGGUGACGAUGGUGGUGGUGGUGGAGGAAGCGGCGGAGGAGGAGGAGCGAGCGGUCGGACGCCGGUCUGUCGCUGCAACACGCAGUAUAAGCUACAGGAUCUGAAAGCUCUCACCUCACAAAAACAGCAGAAGCAGCAAAGUUUAGCCUCCUCCAAUGUUCAGUCGUCCUCCACCAGUGCCAUCAACGCCAUCGGAACUGCUCCUCUGCAGGGUAUCCUGUCAAAGUCAUCCACCACUGGCCAUAGGCAACAUCAGCCACUCCAACAGCAGCACUCCUCCCAAUCGCUCGCUUACUCCAGCUCGACGGGUCAGCAGCAGCUACCGCCACCACCACCACCGCGCCAAAGUCAGGAGCUUACGAACGAGGAACUGAUCAAGUUCCUGCAGCAGAUCAAUGCGGACAUCAAGUGGAUUGAGCAGCUGCAGCAGUACAAGUACGAGAUCGAAAAGUCCACCUCGACCGACAAGACGAACGCACGGAACAUUAACAAACCGACCGUUGCCCCUGUCCAGCUACCUCUCGCCAAUGGGCACCUCGGGAAGCCCAAGUCGGAACCGAUGCUACCCUCGGUGGCAGCCGCUGGAGCUGGGCCCUGUACGGGUGCCAUCUCCAAAACGGAAUUCUUCGACCGUAACCUCAAGCAGAGACAUUCAUCGCGCUCCGUCGAUGCUAGCACUGCUCGGCGAGAUGAGGAAGAGUACGGGAAGGAAGGUGCGGGCGGCAACGGACAUCAGCGUCACUCGUCCGGUCCGAGUGAUCUGCAGCUGCUCAAAUCUGACAUCUCCGAGUGGUUGCUCAAUUUGCCCCUGAAGAAGAGUGUAGAGUUUCUGCAAAAGGCUAAGAACGCUCAGCUCAAGUACGAGAAAGAACAAGAGCUUCAGAUGCAGCUGCAGCAGUUGGCGAAGAAACCGCUGCAGCGCCAAAUGUCGGGUGGAGCAUCCGAGCGGGGUGUAUCUCAGCAACAACAGCAGCAGCAGCCACCACCGGCAGAGAUCGCUCUAACGCGUGACGACAUACUCGAGUGGCUCAAGAAGCAGCAGAUCUUCAGCAAGGUGAACGAAGAAACGAGUGCCACGAAGAAAUGUAAGGAUAAGGAGGAACUCACCCUACACCACUACGAUCCUUCGAGAUCGGGUCGAAGUGCACUGCCCGGUGCUCCCAUGCCAGGUACGAGUUCGUCCACAGCCAAGCUGCUGAAGCGCCACUCGCUCGGUCCGAACGAAGAAUUCUUCCACAAGCAAACGACUACCGACUGGAUCCAGUACCCGCUGCGUCAGCUCAAGAAGCACACCUUCGAUCCAACGCAGUCCAGCUGCACGGACGUUCGGCGCAAGGAAGUCCGCACGGACCAUGGGCACCGGGAGCGCAAACUACGCCACUCGGCCAGCGAGGUAGUGACAUCGUCUCAGUCCGACCUACCGAUCCACUCGCAAUCCCAAGCGCGCGUAGCACCGCAAAAGCCCGAACGAACCUUCCGCUAUCACUCGCGCGAUCGAGCACCAGCACACGUAAGCACCACCACCAGCACGGUACGGCAACACUCGAUGCCACAGAUCCCGUUCCAUCAGCAACAGCAACACCACUUCCAGUAUCCCGCUUCGCAGCUGCAGCAGCCACAACCGUCGACAUCGACAUUCGUGCCUCAGGCGCCGAGCAAGCCCGCCAAGAAGGAGCGCUCCCGGCGGCACCGGACGCAGCGUUCUGCCACCGUCGGCGAUAUCAACCAGUUCAACAAGCCCACGGUGGGAACGACGUACCAUAAGGGUGGAGGGCUCGGCGGGAGUUCCAUGCCACACGGAAGCUCCCAUGCCCGGUCCGCCGAACGAAGUGCCUCGCUGACGCGCUGUGCCGAUCCCAGCUGUUCGGUGAUGUCACUGUGUGACGAUCCGAACUGUUACAUGUUUGGUGGGGGGGAGAGUAUGGCCACUACGGCCGCUCCCACCACCAGCUACUACGAUACGCCCCGGUGUGCCUCGCUGCCCCGUGUGCUCCCCAAAAGCACGCCCAAGUGCGGACCGAUGUGCUACGAGUGUAACAACAAGUGCAACUCGCUGCCCCGCUGUACCGAUGCGCGCUGUCAGAUCGGUGCCACACCGAUCGGUGGCCCGUCCGCCAAGGCGAAGAGCAACUCACUGCCAAGAAAUGCCGAGAACUACAUGUACCCGCCGCAACCGUCACACCAACCGCUCCCACAGCCGGCCCUGCGCGGUGCCGGGCGGCUGUCGCGCGAAGAAAGCCGCUGCUCACUGCCCCGUUCGUCCUUCAAGUCGUCGAAAAAGCGGUCCGCGUCCGCGUCCGGGUCCGGGUCGAACGGUUCCAAGCUGACAAAGUCGCUGUCCGCGGCGUCACUGAAUUCACGCCGCCGCCGGCACAAAACGGUACACUUUGGGGAAAAUUUGCUGCGCGAGGUGUGCCAAAACCGGAAGCUGAUCCAACCGCUGCAGGAAACACCGUCCGGGUCGGCUCCGUUGCAGCCGAACAUACAGAUGCUGUACAACUUUGUCGAGGGUGUGCUCAGUGCCUGGGUGGACGAUGAGGACGAUCCGAACAAGUCCGGGCCGGAAUCGGAACCGGAACGGGGUGCCAUACUGAAGCCGAUGCACCGAUGCAAUCGGGCCCGGUUCCAAACGAUACGGCGCGUUGUGAACGAGGCGGCCGAGCUGAAGGGUUCGUCCAAGCUUGGGAACUCGCGGUACCGGCAUCGACAUUGGCGCGGUACGGCCAAGGACUGCAACGAGCGGUUUCUUCGCAAGAUAUCCGAUGACGAUCGCAUGAGCCUUACGACGGCCGUUUCGGAUGAGGACGACGGCGAAAGCGUGAUGGCCUCACCGUACAAAGCGAAAGCGACCGGUACGGCGGCCGCAUCCUUCAACUGUACCGGUGCGGUGCGAAAGGCUGGCUUCCUGUCGGUGAAGAAGUGGCUGCUGCGCAAGAAACAUCAGAUCGAGCUGGCUCGCAAGCGUGGCUGGAAGGGAUACUGGGUGUGCCUCAAGGGUACCACCCUGCUGUUCUAUCCGUGUGAUUCGCGCGAGGGCCGCUCGGUCGAGGCCGCCCCGAAGCAUCUGAUCAUAGUGGACGGGGCGAUCAUGCAGCCGAUACCGGAGCACCCGAAGCGGGACUACAUCUUCUGCCUCAGCACGGCGUUCGGCGAUGCGUACCUGUUCCAGGCACCGUGCCAGGUGGAGCUGGAGAACUGGGUCAACAGCAUACACAGUGCCUGCGCCGCUGCGUUCGCUAGACAUCGCGGCAAGACCGGUACGCUGCAUCUGCUGCAGGAGGAAAUAUUCCGCCUCGAGAAAGCAAUAGAAUCGGAUCACAAGCUCAAGCAUAUGGCCGACCUGCAGCAGAGCGUUGUCACCGAUGCUGACACACGCCACCAGAUCCAGCAGCAGAUCCUCCAGUGGGAGGAAAACCUCGAACGUCUGCACUGCGAACAGUUCCGGCUGCGCUGCUACAUGGCCUCGCUGCAGAACGGCGAGCUGCCCAACCCGAAGUCACUGCUCACGCACGUUUCGCGCCCCACGAAGAACACGCUCAACAAGCUCGGCGUCUUUACGGUUUCGUCGUUCCACGCGUUCAUCUGCGCCCGGUCGCCUUCCCUGCUGAACAAUCUGCUAGCGGGCCGCGGUGCAACCAAGCGUCGGCCCCCGAUUCUGUCCCGGUCGAACAGUGGCUCCAGCCGGCGCUCGAUGCAGAUCAACUCGCGCGAUGAGCCGGAGAAGAGCUACAAGGUGGCGCUGCCAGAAAACACGUUCGCGACGGUGUAUCUGCGCGAGGGCAUGUCCGUGGAAGAGUUCCUGGCCAGCGCAUGCAGCCGGAAGAAUCUGAACCCGAUGGAACAUUUCGUGCGGGUGAAGAAGCGCCGGGAUAUGGAAGAUCACAACUACUUUGUUCCUCACAGAAACGAUUUGAUUGAAACAUAUCUACACACCCAUGAGGUAGUGGAAGUGUGCGCAAAAAUUUUAUAUCAAGUAGAACUACAACGAACAACGCUCGAGCAGAUGUGGGGCUUCUCGGUGGAGGCGGAGCUGAUCGAGAACGCGGACCGGCAGGAUGAGCUGUGCUGCUACGUGAGCCGGGUCGAGGACAAGAGUGUUGCCAUGCAGAACGGUGUCAUUAAAGGUGAUGAAAUAAUUGUGAUAAACGGUGCAAUCGUUUCCGACCUGGACAUGAUGUACUUGGAAAGUGUGCUUCAGGAAGAACAAGCCUUAUGCAUGAUGAUGAGAUCUUCCCGCACGGAACCACCGGAUCUCGUCGGCAUCAUGCGCUCUACCGACGAUAUUAUCGAAUCGCUCGUGUGUCCACCACCACCAUCGGAUCCACCAGUUAUCAGCGAGGAGAUGAUAUCGGGCCUAAUCGUUCCCGCACCGGGCUGGCGACGUUCGUGUAUUGCAGGCAAGGAGGUCUACUCACCCGAGGUCGAAAGCUCUCCCGCACCAUCCUCCAACGAUCCGCAUCUGUCAGCGAUGGACCGGUCAAAGCCGUCGUCACGCACCAGCAGCUUUGAGAUUGAGAAUCUGCUCAAAUCAGCGGAACAGGUAACCGGUUUCUGCCGAUCGCCACAGGAGACGCGUAAAUCUAGCCCAACCGGUUCGGUCGCCUCGUCCGUCUCGAACGUCAUGUUGACUCCGUCGCGUCAGCUAACCGAUGCCGAGAAGCUGCGCAAGGUUAUACUCGAGCUGGUUGACACCGAGAAAUCGUACGUUAAGCAUCUGAACAAUCUGCUCGAGUACUAUCUGGAGCCGCUGAAACGUGAAACAUUCCUGUCGAACGCUGAAAUCACCGCACUGUUCGGCAAUAUUCAGGAGAUUGUUACAUUCCAGCGUCAGUUCUUGAACAACCUCGAGGAAGCGCUUGAUCUCGAGCCCGACUUCCAUCAGCUGGAGCAUCCUAGUCAGUUUAAGAACGUACUGUUUGCCAUCGGGUCAGCAUUUUUGUACUACGUCAACCACUUCAAGCUGUACUCGUCCUUCUGUGCCAGUCACAGCAAGGCACAGAAAGUGCUGCAUCCAAAUGAAGGCAAUCAGGCACUGCAAGAGUUCCUGGCCGCUAGAAACCCGAAGCAACAGCACAGCAGCACACUGGAGUCGUUCCUCAUCAAACCGAUUCAGCGCAUCCUCAAGUACCCGCUGCUACUGCAGCAGCUUCGCAACCUGACCGACCCGAACGCGGCCGAACAUCUGCACCUGGUCGAGGCACUCAAGGGCAUGGAGAAGGUCGCCGAGCACAUCAACGAAAUGCAGCGCAUCCACGAGGAGUACGGUGCGAUCUUCGACCAUCUGUUCCGUCAGCACCAGAAGUCCUGCAAGCAACCGAUCGAUCUCAGCCCUGGUAGUGAUCUGCUCUACUAUGGUGGCGUCGAGUGGCUCAACAUUAGCGACUUUCUCGGCAAGAUCAAGAAGGGACUGGAGCUGCACGCGAUGUGCUUCGUCUUCAAAUCGGCUGUCGUGUUCCUGUGCAAGGAGCGCUUGCGUCAGAAGAAAAAGCUCAUGGGAGUUUCGAGCAAGAACGCUACGAACGAGGUGGAGAUCAUUCGCUACCAGGUGCUGAUACCGGUCACCGAGGUGCAGGUAAGGGCUUCCUCCGCCAAGGACAUGGACUCCCACUUCCUCUGGGAGCUGAUACACCUCCGGUCUCAACUGCAACGCCGAUCGGAGAAAGUCUACGUACUAUCGAACAGUACCGCCGAGUUUCGUAACGCGUUCCUGAAGACAAUCCGGCAGAUCAUACGGGAAAGCGUUCGCAAUAUGUCGAUACCGUCGCUGAAGAGCAUGGGCGGCAGCACGAACUCGAUGACGGGCGUCGGAAAUUCCUCCGGAAAUUCGCAAACUCUCGAGCGACCGAAGCAGCAGCCACAGAUCAUGCAAGGCUCGCAGACGCUUGGCAAACCGAAGAAAUCCAAGAUCAAUCAGCGCCACUCGUCCGGAAACAUCGACUACGAUAACACGACCUCGGGCAGCCAGGAAGCGGACGAUCCGCCGGUCCCACAGUACAGCGGUCAGUUCCGUAUGCGCAGCAAGACGGUGGGCGAUGUUGGAGAACAAGUUGCAGCCUGCCGACGAAACAUGAGCGAGCGGGAGCAAGAAAAACCGGACCCGGGUACGAAGUCGGAGGGCGAGGAUGAUUCCCAGCAGGGUACGGUCAAGCCGAAAUCGUCCCUUGGCAAAACACCGAAUCAUCUAACGCUGAGCACCACCAGCACGCUCUCGGUGGGCAGCACGGGCAGCCAGGCGCGUCUGAUACAGUCGUCCCAUCCGCCGGCCACCUACCAUCCGGUACUGAUGAAGGAUCUAGGAUCCCCGGUGUGGAAGCCUAGAGACAUGAUUAGUUUAAGUGACGCCCCGUCGACAUCACGUAAAGAUGAAAGUAAAUAAAACUUUUCUCUCGAUUACUACUCAUCCCUCAUCUUUCGAAGCAAACAAAGCGAGCAAACCAAACAAACAGAAAAAAUGCCACAUUCAAGCAAGUAAAGCCACCCUUGCCCUCCUUUCCCACAACCCUAACCCCUAGCAACUGCAAACACCCAGAGCAGAGGUUCGAGCCCCGAGAGGCUUACCGAUUCGACUCGAUUGCGAGUUCCAUGAUGAGCCACGCACACACGCUCAAAAGCGUUCAAGGAUGCAGCUCCGAUCGGUGGGAAUGAUGGGAGAGCAAUAGCGCUGCGGACAACCAUUUGUAACGCAAUCCCGUUACCCCGGGUUGCGAAGGCUUUAGGUGCGCAUUGUGCGGAUUACUGUGAGGUGACGGGUACCUUGCCCGUCAAGGAUAGUUGGGGAAGGGAAUUUUUAAGUACUAAGUUUAGGACGAAUGGCAGGACUUCUUCAAAGUACACUGCAGCAGAGCAAAAUCAGGUUGGAAAACAGAGUAUAGAUGAAGCUCACAGGUUCUCUUAGCCUAUUAAGUUCGACUAUGGUUAUGGUUAUUGUGUAGAUCAUACCAUGCAACAGCAGACCGAACGGAGCAGCGAGCAGUGGAUAGGAGCAGUGUGUUUUCUAACCGAUAGUAGAUAUCUAGCGAACGAACUGGACGUGAUGAUGUCCCGUGGAACCCUCUCUAUCUGCCGACUUCCUACGAGUGAACGGAUGUGUCCCGCGGGUACCUCCGUUUUCCCAUCACCCCUACCUACUCAUUCAUUCCCCUUUUCUAAGACGCACGCGAAGUAAACGCGAGGAUCGACUCACACAGCCCGACACAGAAAAGGACACUAAUGCACUAAUGGCACAAAACGUCAAGAAAGGCAAGCAAAACUGAGAGAUAUCAACUGAAAACGGAUGCGCAGAUACAGCUGUCAAAAACCCCUUUCCUCGCGGGGGUCUGGGAAGUCGGGGUAUUGGAACGAUUUUCGCAACCUCACACACACACACAGACAACAGCAGCCCGAGUACUUAAGGUAAAUGUGGCACGGUUUUUGGGCUGCACGUAGGCAACCAUUGUUUGUUAAUCACGUAAGCGUAAUCGAUAGUGAAAUGGUUCAAACACCGUACGGAGUUUUGGUCCCGCAACGGUGGCCAAAUGAAGUAGAAAAGCGAGAGAGCAAAAGAGCGAAAAGAAGAAGAAGAAGAAGAAGAACGAAACAAAAUCCGUGUUUGUAUUAGCGAUAAUGAAAACAAAGAAAAACCCGAUAACGAGCAGCGUUGAACCUAGAAACCUAGUGAAUGAAUUAUCUUGCAAAUUGCGAUAGAGAAAGUAUUACUGUUUCACACGGCACUCACCGACACACGGACAAAACUAGCGACACAAUGAGUAACAAUUACUAAACAAAAUCACACUUACACACACAAAAACACUAAAUCAAGCGAACGUACCAGAGAAAAUACUACCCCCUUUAUACAAACAUGACAGCAACCAGACAUGACAACACAACGUGCUAAGAGGAGAGAACAACAACAAACGAAUCAUAAACGUCAAACGGUGGAGAUACUUUUGUGAAAAGGGAUAGUAAAUGAUGAGCUCCACAUACACACACAUACAGUUGUUAAUGUGUGGGUGUGCGCGGGUGUUACGAGCAAGCAAGCAAGCAGAUAGAGCGAGAGAAUGAACGUAAGAAAAAAACAAUUGUUUCGAACUUUGUUUUUACCAUUUUUUGAUCAUUUUUAAUCCUAAAAACAAUAGAAUUUAAAACAAUCUAAACCUGUAUAAUCGAGUGAAAGAAUGAAAGCUCGUCUUCGGAAAGCGAGCAGCUAGCGAGUGUCGAGGGGAAAAUAGUAAUUUAAAGAGGAAAAACACACAAAACGAUACAAAGACACUACAACACCCUUCCUUCGGCAAAAAGAAGCAAACUAAACGAAAAAAAAACUACCUUCCCCCCGUAGUACGUAAAGCAAGGAGAAAGUCACUCUCUAUCGAAACUACUAUCUAAACUGCUCCGAUUCGUUGUUGUGAAAACGAGUUGCGUACUGUUUUAGCUAGGGCGUUUCGGACGUGUUUCUGUUUCUGGCCUGCGCAAGCACACACUCUCAGCCCAGUUCGUGCCCCCGUUUUAUCUGCCUGUUGGGCACACUGAUGGGCCAACACGGGAAAGACGGGAACCGAUCGUACUGAACCCCUGCUAGCCCAACAACCAAACGAAAGACGAAUGAUGGUAGCGAAACGGACGCUACGGAAACGACACUAUCCGGUCCGGAUAGGCACGAAAGCAAGUGUAGUGUGAUCUGUGAAGAGCCAGGACACGACAACAGACUCUCACACACACACAUAAACUAACGUUAAAAUGGUGUAAGCCACAAAUGUAGUACCAUUCACCACACGACAACAACCUACAUGUACGAUGGAAAAGGGAAUUGAAUUUUAUAACAAACAAAAGUAAAUUUAAAAAAUUAAGCCAAACUAACAGAUAGAAAGGGAGGAAAAACCAAACCAAACAAAACAAACACUCACACAAACAAAUACUCAAACGAAGCUCGAACCGGAACAACUAGCAGCAAAUAAGGAUAAAGCAACAUCAACUACAGACAAGCAGCAAAACAAAAGAAGGGGAAAACAGAAGAAAGCAAAACCUACAAAACAACAAUAUAAAAGCAAAAUCUAUACAAAAUUACUAAAACACUACUAAAACUACUAAAUACUAACGAUUAUUAUGAUUAUGAACCACACAUUCCCACAAUUCAUGUACACACACAUAUGACAAACACACACGUACAUACAAAAUGCACAUGAAUAAAACAUGAAUGAAAAAACACACUCACACAUACAAAUACACACGCACGCACACGUAAUGUAGACCGAUUACAAGAUUAUAACACAACACGUUAUUCGAAUUUGUUAUGAUCAUUUUUACUUUGCUUGAUUUGUGUUCGCUUUUUCUUUUUUUUCCUUUCUUUUCAUAUUUUCUAGUAUUUUACUGUUCAUCGUUUUGUUUCAUUUCCCUUUUUCAUAUCUUUUCUUACUGGUUUUUGCUGUUUCUAUGUUUCUUACCAAUUCUUUUUUCAUAAUUAAUAUUAAAAUUGCAUCAAGAGUAAUCGAACUUAAAAUUAAAAUACAAACUCACCACACCACACAAACACACACACACUAACAAUUAAGAUAUUUGCAACAAAAGAAAACCCCCUUACACAUACUUAGAACAAUGCAACAACACAAAAACGUUGACAGUUGAUAGAAAUAUAUUAGUUAAAUAAACAGGUAAACCACGAACGGUAGUCAGACAGUCAGUCGGGCAGACAGUUUGGGUGCACACUCACCCAACCAACAACUCUAGGAACCGUUGUUGCGCAAUUCCAACCCCAUUAUGCCCAAUAUUUCCGCACUCACUUGCAGGCAUUUAGGAGUUUUAAUACACACGUCGCGUUUCCUAUCGAUGGGGGAGCGCAUCGGUAGAAGCAUACCAUAACAACAACAACAAAAAAGCCAAAGCGUUUCAGCACAUCGAUUUGGUUUGUUGUUCAGUGUGUGUGUUCAUUUGAGAUAAUAAUGUUUGAAUUGAGUUGAGAAUUGCGGGAGCCUUAAAGAGAUACGAUCGAUUGUGCUAAGGAUCGUACCAUCACGCACCUGCAAGAAGGAUCGCGAAGGGUAGGAUCGCUUCCUUCGUACGGUGGUAUGGAAGCGAGCGACGGUGUUCCAUUUUUUAAGUCCGUGUCUGUAUUAGUUAUCUCCCACAUACACGAUCUACGUACGUUUACAUACUCACCACUUCCUUCAGUCCGACGUUCUAGUCUAACGAAUGCAGCAAGCAAAAGCAGAAAAAAAGAAGCAAACACUCAACACAAGGAACCACGAAUCUUACAUUGAGAAAAAAAACGACCCUGUGCCAAUUAUUGAUAAGAUUACUAGCGAUGAUACAUUGGAUGGUACGAAGCCAAAGGAAGAAGUGCAUGCAAUCUGUACUCGAAACAAAAUCACACACACACACCUUCACAAAUACAAACACGCAAAGACGAAUUUCCUAGCAAGAGCAGACAAAACAACUCUUAACGAAGCGAAAGAAGGAGAGAGAGAGGGAGAGAAAAAUAAUAAAUUAAUAACACCUAGCAAAAAGUGAGUGAAAUCCGCGAAAAAAAAACUAACACAAACACACACGUUCUUUGUAUACUUCCCGUUUUUUCUGUCCGUACUUUUGUUGACGACAUAAGCGUUGAUAUACUAAUAAAAACCAAACAAAACCAAACUAAAAAAACACUAAAAAAAAACUCAUUUUACCCGCAAAACUAACUUUAAGCGUCGGGCACUUGCCGGCACCCCUAGCAAACAAUCCUCGAACAGGACGAAGCGAAAGAGAGCUAGAGAGAAAACAAUCGUGGAAAACAUGAAAGUAAGUCUAGUUAGUCAGCAAGGACAGACAGUAAGAGAGGUGAAACUAGAAAACACGACACACAAACAAAACAAAACUAGAAAUUCAAUAAAGUGAAACAUAAAAUGAGAAGGAAAAGGUGUGACAACAAAAGAGUUGACAAAAACGAACGAAAAGGCAAACAACCGAACGUCAGCAAAACGUGCUCCAGACAUGGCCACACUUCCAUGGGUCGAAGGAAGCAAGGUGCCCAGAAAGAGGGCCAAACCCGUAGCCUGACACCAGUUUUGUUGAGUUGGAUUUUGUACUCCUUUGGAAAUGUCUAAGUAUUCAAUAAAGAUAAUGUAAACACCUGACACACAGUACAGACACAUACAUGCACACUUCAAACAUACACACAGUUACGCACAGCCCAUCAAAGUAGCAAAGGAAUGCUGCGGGAAGCAUUCAAGCAAAAAAUGAAACACACACACAUACACACACAAGAAACAAUGGGUUGAACGAACGAAAUAGAACGCAAAGAAGGCAAAACAGGCAAACAAAACAAACAAGCUGGGUGGUGGCGAAAACCACCAAAACAUGCAGCAUUAUGAAACACACACUCAAACCACAACAACAAACAACAACAAAAAACAAUGUUCUGAAGUCGUUAAGAAUA